AUGAUCACAGUGGAGGGGGUGAAAGUCCUCUGCGAAGUGCUGGCAACGAACAAUGUCUUCACUAAGAUAGAUCUGGACGGCUGCCAGAUUGGAGAUGAAGGAAUUCUAGUCCUUUGCGAGAUGCUGAGAACCAACGACAGAAUAAGGUUGGUGAUGCACUGA